GUAUAUUUCUAGCACCUGGUACAGAACCCAACGUACGGCGGGUACUUAAUACAGACUUGUUGAUUCUUGACUAACAGCUGGCGGGAAGGGCCUAGAAGUGGUGUUAGACAGCUACGGGGAGGGUAUUCUGGGAUCGUCCGCAGAUAACGCACGGAGCGGAUAAUCUGCAGGCAGCAGAACGGGCAGGACUCCACUCUUCCCAACAUCGGCUCCGCAGGGCCAGGUUCAUUUUUGGCCCAAGAAUUUCUGGGGUAAACUCUAUGAGAAGGGGUCUUCAGAAUUGGAGGUGGUCGAUAUGAAAGAUGCCUUAUACACAAAGAAACAGAAGGAUUCAGUUGAUGUUCUCGGGUGGCAAGGUUAACAAUAUUUUAACCCCUUCCCUUCGGUCCCCUCCGGGAUAAAGAAAAAUCUCCGAGUCGCUGGGUCUGCAGUUGGUCUUUCGAAUCCUACUCGGUUUAAUGCAUCCACUUCAAAAGGUUGCGCAUCUCUCAGCCGGGGAACGCCCGUAGACCUCGGAGUGGACUACAAGUCCCAUGGGCUCCUGGGGCGCGAGUAAUGAUGACGAAGAUCCCCAGGAUUGGCCGAGGGGGGCGGGGCGCGCAAGCUGGCGGAGGAGGGGCUGGGGCGGGACGAGCGGCCCCAUGAGGCCACACCCCCGCCCUCCGCCCCCCAUCCCCUCGGCUCCCUCCCCGGUCAGAGGGACAGAGCGAGAAGAUGGCGAAGACGUACGAUUAUCUCUUCAAGCUGUUGCUGAUCGGAGACUCGGGGGUGGGCAAGACCUGCCUCCUGUUCCGCUUCUCCGAGGACGCUUUCAACACCACCUUCAUCUCCACCAUCGGAAUUGACUUUAAAAUAAGAACAAUAGAGCUCGAUGGAAAGAAAAUCAAACUGCAAAUAUGGGACACAGCUGGACAGGAAAGAUUCCGAACAAUUACAACAGCAUAUUAUAGAGGAGCCAUGGGAAUUAUGUUGGUAUAUGAUAUCACUAAUGAAAAAUCUUUUGAAAAUAUUAAAAACUGGAUAAGAAACAUUGAAGAGCAUGCCUCUUCAGAUGUUGAAAGAAUGAUCCUGGGCAACAAAAGUGAUAUGAAUGACAAACGACAAGUAUCAAAAGAAAGAGGAGAGAAGUUAGCAAUCGAUUAUGGAAUUAAAUUCCUUGAGACAAGCGCAAAAUCCAGUAUAAAUGUAGAAGAGGCAUUUUUUACACUUGCACGGGAUAUAAUGACAAAACUCAACAGAAAAAUGAAUGAUAGCAAUUCACCAGGGCCAGGAGGACCAGUGAAAAUAACAGAAAAUAGAUCAAAGAAGAGCAGUUUCUUCCGCUGUACACUCCUUUGAUAAACUCUUAAUAAUGGACUCAAAGCAGCACACCUAGAAGAACCUUUCCUGCUUUUCUGAAAGCACAGGGUCAUGUAGCCCCAGAGACACAAUACCACCAAGCUGCCACUGAGAGCUCCAUGGAACUCAGACUUCUUUAAACAAAAUACAGUAUGGAUUUUGGCCAUUUGGUCUUUCAGCAGGUCAGGCUCCUUUCCUCAAACAUGGAAGCAGUGAAGUGGAGACACACGCAGGAGUUAACUUUUUGUUUGUUUUCUUGCCUGUUGCAAAAGCUGCUAUCUUUCUUUUAACUUUGCACAUCAGUGUUAGUCCCUGCCUAUCACAGCACAAUCUGUACUUGUAUUUGCACAGUUUUGUCUUGUGAAGUUCUUAACAGAUUUGUGCAUUUUCAGGGAAGUUUACAAAAGAGUAAUUUUUAAAUUUACACAAAUUUAGAGACUUGAUCUGGUUCAUCAGGAGGAAUGUAAUUUGUAGCAUAUGCUUUGAAGAGCUCUCAUAUGUGAAUUUCUUAAAAAGAAAAGUUAACCGCUAAUGAGAAUUUUUUAAAUUCAAGAAAAUGCACCAGUCUGUACUGAGGCUACACCUUCUUCCUUUCUUCCAAAUAUAGGGCUUUGCUUCAUUCUUACCUAUUUGACCACACAGAUAUUAGGAAUACCCAAGACUGUAAUUUUCUAAACUUAUAUCCUUUCUUCCUGGUUUAUAAAAACUGCUAAAUCAUUUUUACUUGCCUAUUCUAAAAACUUUUGAUGCAAGGUGAUAUAAUGGAUGAAGGUUUGGCCUCAGAGUCAGGAAGACUUACAAGCAAUCAUUUUAUCUCCUAGUUAGUGCCCCAGGUUACAGACAAGUUGCUAAUUCUUAUUCCUGGGGGGAGUUUCUCUGAAGGAGCUUUCUACAGGUGAUCACACCCAACUUUACCCCAGUAUACUUUUAUUUACACACACACACACACACACACACACACACACACACACACACGUGUGGCUGGAAAUGUUUGGGUUUUUUCUUCAUUCUUUUUUAGUGGCUUAUGGUAGCUCCUCCACAAGCCAAUGCUCAAAAUUUUCUUCUUGGAUUUACAGCCCCUUUGCUUUUGGAUAUCUCCUUUAUACCAGCCAUUUAUAACAUAAACUCUGAUCAGGGUUAGCAGGAUAAUCUGUUAGCUUGCAGAAAGCUUACCUGUCUAAAGAGAGCAACCUGAGUAGAUAGCAUAACAGGGAAAUUUUAGGGAGUCGGGUUUUAAAAACAUGUAUAUACUUUAUGGGACUUAGUGAAGCCUCUAGUAAAUAAUACCCUUUGAAAAAGGAAACAUGAACACUGUUUUUAGUUUCAAAAUAGCUAUUAAUGAAUUUGUAAAACCUAAUUCUAAGUUCACAUUCUAAGUUAAUGAGUAAAAAAGUUGAUGGUGUUAUUUAGGGCAAAGCCAACCAGAAACUUACCAGUCUUUAUCUCACUGAACACUGGUCCUGUUAUACUCUGCAGAUAUUCUUUUAAAAGAAAAGGUAAAGUUCAUGGAGCAGAAAUAAGAGAAAUUAGUGUUUAUUAAGGUGCCAAAUCAGGUCAGGGCAAACCCAGCAAUGUAUUUAGCACAAGUGGUAAUAUAGAAAGGAAUGAUUAAAAGGAUGAAUAAAUGAAAUGUAUCCUUGUUAGGAAUUUUUUUCUUUGUAUACUUGUUCUGCUUUACUGUAGUCACCACCAUGAUUAAGGGGUAAUAGGAAGAAAAUGAAUUGGCUGUAACUACAGAGAAUUUUGUUUGAAACAAGAUUUUGUCAUUAGGAUGCUUUGACUGGUUUAUCUAAAUUCAAAUUUCAAAACUUAUAUACAUUAAUCAGCAGUAAAUAUGCAAAAAGGUAUUUCUGAUUGGUGUUAAGAUCUUACUACAAAAAAUCAUCAAUCUCCUAAGACUUUGUAGUCACCUUUAUAGAUUUGAUUUGCUAAGGUGUUUAUAGAUGAAACAAUGCUCCCUGUUGCUAUUUCACAUAUAAUGUUUCCUUAUAACCUGACUACAAAUCACUAUGUGUUACUCAGAUGGAUUUUUUUUAAGAGGAAAAAAAAUGUUCAAAAACAUCUCUAAUCAUUGUGUGUACUUACUGUUUUCCAGAAAAGGGUCAAGUAGUUAAGUUUUCUGUAAGGUAGUAAAAGUGCUUUCUAUAAAGGCAAGUAUUAUGACACCAUUUAUGAAUGUAAUUAUCUUUCAGUGAUUUACCUCUGACUAUCUGGUGUCUUAAUACUGAUUUUUAUCUCAGGGGUUGUCUGCAAACCAAAACUGACAUAAUCUGUGGAUAGCAAUUUGUUGGUUUGUUUUUAAUAGAAUGCUUUGCCUUUGUUCCAUUUUCUCUCUGGUUUUGUCCUGUAUUUGUAAAUACCUAGUCUCCAUGAAUUUCCCUCUGAAAGAGCCUGUAAAAGUUAUAAGUCUAAAAUUUUAGCUUUUUGAAGUAGCAGCCAUUUGGGGUAUUUGCUCUGUUGUAUAAAAACAAGAUGUCUUUGCUAUUUUCUUACAUCUAGCCAUGCUAAAUUGUAUAUAAAUUUGAGGUGAGACCAUAGGAAAUUUCACUUUAUGCAUGGUAAAAUGAUCCAGUAAAUAUUUCAUUUUGCUUAAUAAUGUUCAUAUAAUACAUUAUUUUUUUCUAUUUGUAGAAGGAUUUAAUAACAGGCAAUUUUGGCUGUUCCCUGAUGAAACUAAAUUCUAGUUUCACAUGAAUAUUUUUUGGUCUUAUAAAGUAAAAUGCAGAUAUUUGCAGCAGUAUUAAGUGGUUCAGUGGCUGCACUUUAUUAUCAAUGUACUAAUUUUUUUAUAAUGGUUGGUGUAGACCUUUUCAAUUAUAGUCUGAGAGUGUCAGACAAUGAAAAAUGUGCUGUAUCUAAGUAGCAUGUAAGUCAUUGAUUGUACCAUUUUGCUGGGAACCUAUUUUAGCUAUGUUUUACUUUAGAAAAACAGAUAACAAUAAAUUCUAUGUUUUGCCUGUGCAUCAAUUCCUGGGUGCUGCAGGUUUUCUUACUAUCCAUAUGAAUAUUUUGUGCAGUCUUUGUAAGCUUUCAGAAGACUAUUAUCUUUACUUUGAAGGACUUUUUAAAACUAUACCUCAGUUUGAAAACUAGUAUUCUAAUAUCUAGUAGAACAAAGGUGAGCCAGCUGUUAAUACAUUUUACAGAAUAGAUUUAUUUGUUUUGCCUUGAAUUAAGGCACCAUUAGUCUUUAGGUUAAAAGAGGACCUUUCAAGGUUUAGACUAGAAUUAGUUAUGUUAUAUCCAAUAAUGCAAAAAAAAAAAAAAAAUCCAGUUUUUUUUAAAAAAGUGUAGCUGUGCAAUAUAGGUAAACUUCUGCAAAAGUUCCUCUUAGAUUACAAUUUACUUUUAGGUCCUCAAUGGUAAUAAUCUCUAUUUUGGCUAAUAAAGUUUUGAACUUAUGAUCAACAAGUAACACAUUUAUUGGAUUUUUUUUCUUGUUCUUUAGAUUGUCUUUUUCCAUGAGCAAGACUGUUUUAUAUAAAUUUAGUACUUCACCUUUGAAAAUGAUAUUUGAUUUUUCCUUAAGUUAAAACCAUGUUUGGUUUCCUUAUGUAAAAUGUAGGGCAUUUAUUUGUAGUUGACUUUGCAAAUGUCUCUUUUUAGAAAGAGCGUUUCCUCUUCUUUUUUUGCACCAUCUGAAAGAAAAGGGAUGCCUCAACAUGUGACCUACAGAAACAGGAUGUUAGUAAAAAAUAUUAUUUGACUAGCAAUUUUACAGUAGAGUUAAAAUGUUUUUUAGGCUAAUAAAAUUGAUGUUUCUUGUUCAAUAUGGAAAUUUAUCUUAAUCUGACUUUUAUUUAGUGAAAUGUGCAGAUAUGAAGCUUAAAUAAUUAUUUGUAAUUACUUUCAGAUCACUUCAUCUCUUGUGCUUGUGCCACAUUUGAUUAGAUUUAAUUAUGCCAAGAAAAAUAUAAUUUCCAUUUCAUUUUCUUAGUUUCUACUGAAUUUAAUUAUUGCAGUGCAUUCCUAUGGCCUUAUAAAUGGGUAUUUUUUGUUUAUUUUCAACUGACACUGCUGAAAUAGAUCUCCAACUUCUUUAAUGCAAUAUGUAGUUUAAGUAUUUGACUAAAAAAUAAAAAUCUAACAGAAAAAGCUUAAUUUUUCAAUAGAUUUGCCCUACCCUUUGUGUGUUUAAGUACAUUUUAUCUCUGUUCCAAAAGCUUAAUGUGAAAAACUCCUGCAGAUAAAUGGACUUGUUAUGUGGUUAAGUUUGUUUAAAUAUAAUCAUUAACUAACUGUGUACUGAUAUUGAUGCUGUGUUCAAAAGGAAAAAAAUGGAUUUUAUUCCAUGUCACAUUUUUUUAUUAUAACAAUGUGUCUAAAAUAAAGACUACAUAAUUAUGAAAUACA